AUGGCUCGUACCAAGCAAACCGCCCGUAAAUCCACCGGUGGUAAGGCCCCCAGGAAGCAACUUGCCACCAAGGCGGCAAGGAAGUCAGCCCCAACAACCGGUGGAGUCAAGAAGCCCCACCGUUACCGCCCUGGAACCGUCGCUCUUCGUGAAAUCCGCAAGUACCAGAAGAGCACAGAGCUUCUGAUCCGCAAGCUUCCCUUCCAGCGACUGGUGCGUGAAAUUGCUCAAGAUUUCAAGACUGAUUUGCGGUUCCAGAGUCAUGCCGUGCUCGCACUUCAGGAGGCUGCAGAGGCGUACCUUGUGGGUCUCUUUGAGGACACCAAUUUGUGCGCAAUUCAUGCCAAGAGGGUUACCAUUAUGCCCAAGGACAUUCAGCUUGCUAGGCGUAUCCGUGGUGAACGCGCAUAA